GGCGAUCGACCGAAGUCAGUUAAGAGUAGAAUUUGUUCGCGUGCACUGUGUCGUUAGUUUUGUGUUCUUCUAAAAUGAUUUUAAACAAAUCACUGCCGAAGUUGUGUUUGCUGGCCCUGCUGCUGGUGCUUUGUGCUAGUUCCCUGGCGGAAGGGCGUCGUCGUAACCGAUAUCGAGGUCACCGGAGCCGACCUCGGGACACUCGGGUCCGAAUCGAAAUCUACCAACCGAAGGGCAUAAUGGUGUGGUACCCGAAGCGACCCGGAAUGACCCUAUUCGGCAUCGAGAUCUAUCUUAAUCAUGAACCAUCUAUGAUGUGGCACCAUGACAGUGCGGAAGAAGUGACCUGCGAUAUCUGCAUGAAUACCACGGAAGGUUCGUACGGGAAGUUCAUCUUGCGGAACGAUGACGCCAUCAUUCGGGGAGGAGACCGGCUCUCGUACAAUGUUAUCAAGCAAAAGGUCAACGGGUCGGCUUACAUCUCCGCGAGCAACGAGUUCUUUGUGGCAGAGAACCGCAUAAGAUCGACAUGCAACCGACAAGUAACGACCCCUCCGACUACGGAUCCCAGCACCGUUAACAUGCUGGAAGAUGAUAUCUCGGUCCUGGAAAACGUAGUCUACGAUGUGUUCCAGCAGUGCCGCAACGUUAGCGAUAUCACCAACAAUCUGUUCAUCAACGUUCGUCCGGCUUCGGAUACUCGGAUGGACUCCAAGCAGCUGUACGCAAGCACCAAGGCAACGCUGGAAAAAUUGUUGCCCCAGUUCGAUUGGAACCUUACUCUGACCAAUGCCUAUUACUACGACGAUGGGGUAGCCUUUGAGGUUAGGACCCUGAUUGACAAGCUGAAGAUUCUGCGCAGAGCCAAGGACUUCGUCCAGUACACCAUCCAGGAUCUGGACGAAAUCGGCAUGGUCGACGAGGAUAAUGAAAUUACGGUUUACGAUAUCGACAGUUAUGAAUAGUUUUGAAUCAUAUGGCUUGAAUUUUUAAUGAUUAUAAACAAAGGUACAUGAGAUGAUUUAAAUCUGCUUUUGGAAGUAUGAAUAAGUGACAAUAGAUUAUAAAGUAAGAAAUAAAAUAAACGAUUUUAAUACCAAAA